UGUUUCUCUAUUUUUUUUUUUCCUCUUCUUGUUCUCUGUCUCUCUUCUCUUCCAUUUCUCUCUCUCUCUCUCGCUCUCUUCAUCUUCAUCUUCAUCUUCAUCUUCAGUCGCUCAGCGUUACAGAGGCCAUGGACGAUUUCGUGGGUUUGUGCCACCGUCUUCAAUCGGCCGCAGCAGCAGGCAAUGACUAUGUGGUUGCUCGUGAGACGCAGGCCGCAAGCGAAGCACUCCUGAACGAGUUUGAAGCGACGCCUGACGCCCUGGACACGGCUCGCAUGGUGCUAGAUUGGAGCGACGCGAGCAGCCAUUUGCAGUUUCGCAUGCUGCAAACGAUCAACCGAGCGGUCAAGCGCGACUGGAACUUUGUAUCCGAAGAGUACAUUGUCGAUUUGUUAACCUACUUGCUAAACAAGGCGGCAGAAGUGAUACAAACACCACGCAGCCCUAGGUACAUUCGCAACGCUUUUUGCACAACGAUUGCGUCCGUGUUGAGGCAAGGCUGGCUUGACGAAAGCAAUCCGGAGCGUGCCCGGCGUCAUCACCAGCGGCUGCUCGAUACAUUGCCGUCCUUUUUGCUAUCGGACCAGCCCCAAUUCCGGCUUCUGGGCGCGGCUUUGAGUAUCGCUGCGCUCGAGGCGUUUUCCAUCUUCAAGCCGCCAGAAACGAUCGAGUACCACCAUUUGCGCAAGCGCGAGUUUGAGCACACUGCUCUUCUCCCCAUGUUUGCACAGACCCUGGAUGCUCUGCACAACUCCAUCAUGACCCUCAUUGGGGUCAUUUCCGAGUUCCAGCAGGCGCCUGCCACCAACCACCCCCUGAUGCCUGCGUUGAGCUCGUGGCUCGUCGUUACCAGCCAACUGCUGAAUGCCUGCUGCCAGAUUGUGUCGUGGCAGUUUACAACUGAGGUGAUGCCACGGUUUGACACGACCGACAACACCCAGACCAUGCCGCUGAAGCCGCCGGCAGCGUGGCGCCCCGUGUUCGUCUCAUCUUUGCCGCCUCUCGCAGCGCUGGAGCAACAGCACUCACUGCUCGCGCGGGGACCUGAAACCUCGUGGCUGGUCUCCUUCUUCUUCUCAAUGUACGAUCUUUUGCGCCCCGUCGCGUUCAGCGGCCUCUUUAGCAACUUCUCCGAGCUCAACAGCCAUCUGAGCGACUGUACCGAGAUGGCGCAUCGUUGUAUCGAGCAACUCAGCUCAUUGCACGGCCCGCUUCUUGACCAAGACGGCCCCGCGCCUGGAGCGCCCAUGGCACUGGCCAAAGCCAGUUACUUUCAGUGCUACGUCCAGCAUCUCGUGAACCUGACGAGCGGCUGGCUGGACGAUUAUCGUCGGGUAUGUCAACAGCAACGCCAGCAGCAACAGCAUGACAUGAACCACGAUCGUCGAGGUCAUCGCCAACGGCAUGUUGGUGUGUCAGCAGGAGAUGUUGGUUCCAUUGACUUGGGUGACGGCGGCCCUCUGGAUCGGGAGCUGACUGCCCUGACGACUACCUUCAAGCGUCUCACCAACGCCUGCGGUGUCGUAUCCAUGUGCAACAUGCUUGGGAAUGAGCAGAUGCUUGUCCGAUUUGCCGAGUGUAUGGUCGCCUUGUCGUGUGCCUGCAUGAAGCCCGAAACAAAGGCGAUCGAGCGGUCGGCUGCCGAUGGGCUUGAGGAAUUGUUGACGGCGUGGGGCCCUCUCCUUUCUCACGAAGCUGCGCGCGACUUUUGGCACCCCCAUGCUUUCCAAGUGUUUGCAACGUUUGUCGAGUCCAAGAUGCAGUCCACCAACAUCAACUCGGCGAGUGACAGCAAGAACGACGAAGACGACGACGACGACGACGACGACGAUGACCUUGCCAGUCUGGACGACGACGAGUUUGACGUGGACCACGCGGUUUUUGCCGAGUUGCUCCAGUCUGUCGCGCAGCUUGGUCGCCAUUGCAUUCUUCAGGCGAUCGAGCUCCUGACGAAAUGCCUGCACGAGCGCUUGCAAAUGCUCGACUCGUGGGCCACCCAGCUUCCCAGCGUUGUUGCCAACGUACAAGCAACGCAGCGCGCCGAUUCUUCCAGCGCUAUGCUGGCAUUGGUCGUCAAGGCCUCCCGCUUGCCUCCAGGUUUCAACGACCAGUUGCACUGGCUCGUGCUGAUUGCAGGAUGCCUGAUUGCAGACCCGCAAGGCACUGGCGAGACGCCACUCAUUCCUCGCGAAGUCAUGAACGCGUCGCACCACAGCAGCGCGGUUCAUGGCGACGAUCCUGUGGUUGGUCUCAUUUCGUUGGUGCACGAGCUGUGCAACAUUGAAAGUCGUGUUUUGACAAUGGAGCUCGGGUUUUUGCCAGCCUCGCUGCUCAGCCCCGAGCUUGCGCUCACGCUUGUCUGGUGGCUCAACCGUUGGACGGCCACGUACUUGCUGCUCGACGAACGCAACUACAGCACCGGGGGUCAGCACUUGAGUCCGGCCAUUGUGAACGCUUACGGGCACGACACGCCUCACGAGCACAUUAUUCCUGAAAUGAUUCUCGGAAAAAUCUCCCUCAACCUCGUUCAUUGGAACAGCGAGCCACGCGUUGUCCGCGAGUCGGUCGACUUGUUGCAGACCUUCACCACGGGUCGCGUCACUUGCGCCGUCGCGCUGUGCUCCCCAGCCGUUGCGGACAUUGUCCGAAAUCUUUGCGCCGAAGCAGCCCUCACCGAGAUUGCCCUCUCGCCCGUCUACGCAAACCUGCCCCUCGAGGCAGCUCAGCAGCAGUGCGUCUCGCUCUUCAACGGCAACGCGUUCCAGCGCACAAGCCUCACCAACCUCCCGUCGUCGACCCUGACAACGCUCACAAACUCGUUGUGCGAAAUGGGCGUUUCCGACAUUGGAAGCCACGCAGCCAGGAGCGCUGCAGCACUUGUUGCGCGCUAUCUGAGCCGACCCGACGCCGAUGCGGCCGAGCUCGAGCUGACGCGCCAGCGCAUUAUCGAAGGCCAGGAGCUCAAGCUGCACCAGCAGCGACACACCGCGACGCUGCUUGAUGCCGUCACAUCAAAGUUCCGGUCGCUGGUGCAGCACCCGCAUUUCACCGCUACCGCCCAGCUCCACCCUGUGCGACUUGCCGUCGAGAAGCAUCUCGAGUGUCUUUGCGGAAUUGCGCUGCUCACUCCUGGCAACGACGCGACUGCCGAGUUGCUCGCUUCCUACCUGCACGAGCUCUUCCCACUGCUUAUCGAGCUGAUUGCCCUCUACUCGACCUGCCCCGAGAUUUGCACAUUGGUCGUGAGCUUGUUUGGCGGCAUUGCCGAAAAGCAGAUUGCCAUGCUGAGCCAGCGCAAUUCCGAUCGCUUCCUCCAAGCGGUGGUCUCGAUGGCCGAGACCUUCUUCCACUACCGAAUGGCCAACACGAUUGCCGCCACGCGCGCAGGCGACAUGGAGGAGACACGCCACAGCGACCUGCUGGUCUUGAUCAAGCUGUUUGAGGACGUGCUGCAUCGCGAGUUCCUCGACCUCAACAGCGGUCUGGACGCGUUCGGAGACAGCGAUGGAUUGGUCGCUGAGGUGCACGUCCAUCCCGAACCCGGCGGCAUUGCCGCAACGACCGUGGUGCUGCAUGGCCUGCGCUUGCUCAUUCCUGUCGUUUGCCGCGACUUGAUGCUCAUCCCGUACAUUGCCAACGGACUUUUCAAGCUCAUUUCCUUCACGCUCUCGUUCUGCGCCGAGAGGCUGCUUCAACCCGAGCAUGCACAGGACUGGGAGCUGAUUGUGCAUGCCGUCACGAUGGGAUUGGCGUCCAACCACAACGACACGGUGCGAUAUUCCUUCCAGGCCGUGUUUGAUCUCUGCCGGCAAUCGUUCAAGGUUGCCAGCGGCGACAGCCCGCUCCAAGAGCCUCAGCAGGCCUUGGACCUGUCGGCCCUGCCGCCUCACGUCCCUGCAACCCUCGACGCCAUGCUCCGGGCAACGGUGGAGAACAUGGUGCUCAAGCCCUUCAGCUACGGACACAUGGACACGGCUGCCGAGUCCCUGCUCGCCGCUAUCUGCUGCGUGCCCAGCAGCUAUCAGGCUUUUGUGCACGAAAUUGUCGAGUCGCAACGAAACAUCAUCGAUCCCACCCGACUCGAGCGACUCCAGGAAGCGCUGCUCUCCUUGUUGUUUGGUUUCAACAAGCCCACCGAGAAGGAGACUCUGCAAGCCUUCCGCGCUCGCUGUCGUCAAGCCCUUCCCAGUGCUCGCAGCGUCAUUUCGCGAUGAGCGGAACCCGCUGACACUGAUGCAUUUUUGAAAUCUUGCCGUACACUAUUGUUGUUUUGAAGUGAACUUUGAUGUUGUACUUUUACAAAAAUCACCAACGAUAAAGACUACCACGCAA